GUUUUCGUACUUUCGCUAUAAUUUCUUUUGUCAAUAAAGACGACGUGGAAAGUGCCAAACUGACUGCAGCUUCCUAUAUUCCCUAGGUAAAAAUCCCAACCUUGCAGUGUUGUAGGAAUGUUGAAGCACUAAGGACCAGAGCUGCAGGCAGCGGAGAAGUGCUCGGUCUGUGCGGAGUGGACGGCUGAGGAAUGGCGUUGUUUUUACUCGGAGGACGUUUCUUUAAACGCACAACUGACAUUAAGAGAGUCAUGAAAGAGUCAUUCCAGUCGUACUGCUCUUCGCUGGCCUCGGGCAGGCAGCAUGUUAACGGAGUGGAUCUGUACUACGAGCAGACAGGCAGAGGGAAACACGCCGUGCUGUUGAUUCCUGGUGCUCUGGGGUGCAUUUGGACUGAUUUUGGACCUCAGCUGAAGUCUCUGAAUAAGGAACGCUUCACUGUAGUGGGCUGGGAUCCCCGUGGUUACGGACAAUCCCGCCCCCCAGACAGAGACUUCCCCCCUGACUUCUUUGAGAGGGAUGCAAAGGACGCAGUGGAUCUUAUGAAGGCAUUGGGCUUUGAUAAGUUCUCUCUGCUGGGGUGGAGUGACGGAGGGAUCACUGCUCUGAUUGCAGCAGCAAAGAACCCCGACCUGAUCAGCAAGAUGGUUGUAUGGGGAAGCAAUGCCUUUGUUUCCCAGCAGGACCUCAAGCUUUACAAUGCGGUGCGUGAUGUCUCCAAGUGGAGUGCGAGGAUGAGGCAGCCCAUGGAGGAGGUGUAUGGAGCACAAGUCUUUGCUAAAACCUGGGAGGCCUGGGGGGAUGGGAUCGCACAGUUUGCAAAAAGACCAGAAGGGAGUAUCUGCCUGGAGCUUCUGCCACUAAUCAGCUGUCCAACCCUCAUCAUCCACGGAGAGAAAGACCCCAUGGUGCCCAGCUUCCACCCACAGUGCCUCCUCAAACACAUCAAGGGAUCACGAUUACACCUGAUGCCAGAGGGUAAACACAAUCUCCACCUGAGGUACGCUGAUGAAUUCAACAGACUGGUGGAAGACUUUCUGGGAGUGAUGGAUUAAUUAACACUGUGAAAUGACGACUGAUCGCCUUGUGGAGAAGUAGCCAGGGUAACUAGCAAAUAUGUACACUUAAUGACUUAAAUUUUGUUAUUGAUUAUUUAAUUUGUACUCUGUUUUCAUGAAGCAUCAAUUGUAAAAUAAGUGUAUAUUUAACUUUCAAAUUUCAAUGUUCAUUUUUUCUCGUUUACACUAAUGUUACAUUGCAAUUAUUUGAAAAAAAUAAAUGA